AAUCAAUGCAAAAGUCGCUUUGACAUCAAACACGCAAAAUCGGAAAGCGACAUAAUAUUUUUUUCGGGUUUUCAAUGUCAAGACUGUUUUGUUUGUGCACUAAUUGUUAGGAAAAAAUGUUUGGGAACUAAGAACUGGACAUUUUAGUGUAAUCACAGUAAAGUAACGCCCAGUUUUAGUGUGCAAAUAAAUGUCGGCCGUGACAAUAACAAGAACAUAUGACGAAAGUUUGGCAUCAUCCGAUUCAGACGAUUAUCAUAAAAUUUUAUACUCGUCUAGUAGUCAUGACCGGAGCAGCGUAGGAUCGAUUCCUUGGGCUGAGGAUGCAAUAAAACAAAACCAGCUAGAAUGGGAACGGAUCGAGCGUAUGUUCUUCGGUGAAGAAGCCUUACCUGACAAUGAUCCGGAAUUGCGCAGGGAGAUAAUCGAAUGGACCACUGCGUUCCCCCAUUUACGGGUUGUUGGGAAGAAGUUCGACUUCCACGAGUCAGAAGGAGAAAACAGUGAUCAUACCGUGGAGGAUGAUCAGAAGAGCAGUGCAAACAACUUCAAUGGAAGUUUCAUUAUCCAUCCGGAAGCCAAAUCUAUUUUCAUGGACAUGGACUUGUCCCGUCUGCUCGAGAAGGAUUUACGUAUAAAUUCAGUGCCUAUGAUCUCAAGACGUCGCCAGUUUACCGAUCUCAACAAUAUCCAAAGCAAUGGAAUCGCCUGGAGUUCAAAGUCAAUAUCAAGGUCACUGGAACAACCAGGCCUAUCGUCGGGACAGUCCGUGCGCCGUCAAAUAUUCCCAUCAAACUCAUCGAACGCCAUCACUUCUCUCGGCAUAAGCACCAUUCCAACAGCCCCUAAGACGCUAACCACUACUUCUAAAUCAGCGAGGAUUGUUCGAAUGCCACCAAUCAUGAACUUAAUUUUGCCAUCACAGAGCAAAUACCUGGCUACCGGGUCCCCUGCCACGCACUUCAUCUUCUCUGCAAAAAAUUCAAAUGUCGCGAAGGGAUCAAGAGGAUCGUGUACAAGAGCCCAGGAUCCAAUAGUUUUACCAAUUUUAAAACUUAACCGGCGAGAGUUCAUCUCAGAGGGCAGAGCCAAUCGCUCCAUUUCAGCAGCAGCGAAUGAUAGAGGCUUGCGCGCCAUUUACUUGUCGAAUAGUGCCUCGAAGUUGAAAACUUCCAAAUGAUGUGUGUUGGAAGGGGAAAUGGUUGAUUUGUUGUGUUAUGUUUUUGCCCGUGUUCUGUACUUAUGUCGUGUGUAAAUUAUUUUUAUAAUAUAGUUGUGAUUGGUGAAAAA